AUGGCUGUCCUUCGCUCUCUGCUCGUGUGCGCGCUGUGGGCGGUGGGUGCGACGGCGGUUCCGGCUCGUCGACAGGCGGGAGUUAGUCUGCUGCUUAGCAAUGACGAUGGAUGGGCGGAGGCGAAUAUCCGGGCGUUGUACGCUGAAGCCAAGAGCGCUGGGUACAAUGUCCUCUUGUCCGCUCCAGCGGAGAAUCAGUCCGGCACCGGGUCCACAUCCGUGACGCCUACGCCUCUCGACGAGCCUGGGGAGUUCGACAGCAUCCCCGCCGGGUCUCCUGCAGAGGGACAUAACGCCACGGACGAUCAUAUAUGGUAUGUCAACGCACAUCCGGUGGACGCAGUCCAGUUUGGCGUGCAAAACCUGUCCUCCACGUACCUCGGUGGCCCGCCGUCGCUCAUCCUUACGGGGCCCAAUGUCGGCAACAAUCUGGGGAUAGUCACCCAGUUCUCUGGCACCGUGGGGGCCGCCUCUGAAGGCGCGAAGCUGGGCAUCCCAUCAAUAGCCUUCAGCGCGGCCACCGGAUCAGAACGAUCAUACACGGAGCUCGCGCCCGGGGACUACAGCUACAUCUACGCCCAAGCCUCCCUGCGGCUCGCCGGCGCGCUCGUCCAGUCCGGCGCGACGCCGUACCUCCCUGCCGGCACCGCGCUGAACGUGAACUUCCCAGCAGCCGGACCCGGGACAGACUGCGCGAGUCCCGAGGAUUUCAAGUUCGUUUUGUCGAGGGUGUACAGCGUUCUGGGGUUACCCGUGGAUGUGCAGACGUGCGGGUCCUCGUCGUUGCCGAGCGAGAGCAGCGUUGUUGGCACGGACGGGUGCUAUGCGAGCGUUAGUGUCUUCAAGGCGAGCUCGAAGACGGACGCGAGCAAGAGUGAUCAGCAAACGGUGUUGAAUAGCUUGGGUGCACUGCUGACCUGUCUUCCUAAUGAUUAGAUUGUGCGUGGGAUGUUAUAUAUGAAGAGUGCUGUACGGGGACAAUCUAUGAGUACGCAGCACAUUCGGGGAAGGGGUCAUAAAUGCAUAACCUGGGACUUUAUGCGAUAUCCUGCAG